CUCGUCCUCGUCGCCCAAAAACUUCCCCUGGCCAUGGCUUCCAGCGGUACCCUCUCUCGCGGCCAGGUUGCGACCGCGCAGCUCAGCGGCGAAUACGCCAUCAAGCCUGAAAAUGCCCAGCCAAAACUGGACACUUCGCAGUGGCCUCUGCUGCUCAAAAACUACGACAAGCUGCUGGUCCGCUCGGCACACUUCACCCCCAUUCCCGCUGGCUGCAGCCCCUUGAAGCGGGACAUCGCGACCUAUGUCAAGUCUGGUGUUAUUAACCUGGACAAGCCGUCAAACCCCUCGUCUCACGAAGUCGUCGCGUGGCUCCGGAGAAUCCUACGGGUAGAAAAGACGGGUCACAGUGGUACUCUUGACCCCAAGGUUACGGGCUGUCUGAUCGUCUGCAUUGACCGCGCGACAAGACUUGUCAAGUCGCAGCAGGGCGCAGGAAAGGAGUAUGUUGCUGUCCUCCGCCUGCACUCGCCUCUGUCCACUCCUACCGCCCUCCCUCGCGCCAUUUCGACCCUCACCGGUGCCCUCUUCCAGCGCCCCCCUCUCAUCUCCGCCGUGAAGCGUCAACUCCGUGUCCGCACCAUCUACGAGUCUAAGCUGCUUGAGUUCGAUGAGAAGCGCAACUUGGGUGUAUUCUGGGUAUCUUGCGAGGCUGGCACAUACAUUCGGACGCUUUGUGUGCACUUGGGUCUUAUUCUUGGUGUCGGCGGUCACAUGCAGGAACUCCGGAGAGUACGCAGUGGUGCGCUAAGCGAGAACGACGACAUGGUGACCAUGCACGAUGUUCUUGACGCGCAAUGGGUGUACGACAACACGCGCGAUGAGACCUACCUGCGCCGCGUGAUCAGGCCAUUGGAGUCUCUGCUCAUCGGUUACAAGCGCAUAGUCGUAAAGGACAGCGCUGUUAACGCCGUUUGCUACGGUGCGAAGUUGAUGAUCCCCGGUCUCCUCCGCUACGAGGCCGACAUCUCAUUAAACGAGGAGGUCGUCCUUAUGACUACUAAGGGUGAGGCUAUCGCCCUUGCUAUUGCGCAGAUGUCCACCGUCGAGCUCGCGACUUGCGACCACGGCGUCGUCGCCAAGGUCAAGCGCUGCAUCAUGGAGCGUGACACCUACCCGCGCAGGUGGGGACUUGGCCCGAAGGCCAUGGAAAAGAAGAAGAUGAUCAAGGACGGCAAGCUGGGCAAGUUUGGCGAGAAGACCGAGGCUACCCCUGCUGAGUGGAGCCGCGACUACGUCGACUACACUCGCGACGAGCAGCCCACUGCUGGCCCCUCGGCGGCUGCCCCUGCCCCUGCCCCUGCCGCACCCGCGUCUGAGCCUGCGAGCCCGGCCAAGGAGAAGGCGGAGAAGAAGCGCAAGCGCAAGUCUGAGGUCGCUGACGCAGACGGCGACGUCUCGAUGACCGUCGACGCGGACGGUGGGGAGGAUGACGAGGCCGCGAAGGCGGAGCGCAAGCGUCUCAAGAAGGAGAAGAAGGCCGCCGCGGAGAAGGCGGCCAAGGGCGGCGACGAGGAGGACGAGGAGGCGCGCCGCGAGCGCAAACGCCUCAAGAAGGAGAAGAAGGCGCGCGAGAGCCUCGGCGGCGAGUCAUAGUCUGCCCUUGCCGUUCGACUCUCGCCAGUGCCCAGUGCCCAGUGCCCAGUGCCCAGGGCGCUGUGCGUGUCGUUUGUGUGUCGCCUGUCCCGGGCGAACCGGGGUGCCGCUGCGCCCUGCGCUUUGUAGCGUUGUGGCGCGCGGAUAUGUGCAAUAUACGCCGUGCUUGUUUGAUCAUGCCGCUCCAGGCGUGCCGUGUCGUGUCGUGUUGUGUUCAUAGUACAUACUGUAUCAGGAUCCAGAUCCGUCAUUUGCGAUGUCCCCUCCCGCGCC